AUGGAGCGCCUCUCUUCCAGUGUGAUUCUGAUCGUGGCCAUUUCCAACGCGCUGGACCUGGGAUUCGCUGCUGGCUCGGGCCACCGGGAGCCCCUGGGGGACCUGGCUUCCAGCUGGAGCAGCAGCCAGUCCCAGGAGGAGCCUGCGGCCCGGCCCCGGUCGUCCCACUUCGUGUCCUCCGUGCGGAUCCAGGACAGUAAGCAGCUAAACAAAAGCUGCUGUCUGAACGGCGGAACCUGCAUGCUGGGGUCCUUUUGUGCCUGCCCGCCCUCCUUCUCCGGCCGGAACUGUGAAGUGCACAGGCUGAACUGUGGGCGCGUCCCCCACGACACCUGGCUGCCCAAGAGGUGCUCCAUGUGCAAGUGUUGGCAAGGCGAGCUGCACUGCUUCUCCCAGCCCUUUCUGCCUGGUUGUGAAGGCCGCGUGGUGGACAAGCACCCCCUGGCUGCCAGGACUCCAGCAUCCUCGCCAGCGGUGUGUCCCACGUGGAUGCUAGCUGGCAUCUGCCUCGCUAUACAGAGUUCCUAUUAA